AUGUUCUUAGUUGAUGAUCAAUUUCGUUUUACUUAUCAAUGGUCGAAUUUUAAUCAAACAAAACUGUUGUCUUGGUCUCAAUGGCCUUUAACAAUGACAUGUUUAAAUUUAGCUUUAGAGAAUUUAUCUGAAAAUAAAAAUCAAUCUUCAAAAUUAGAUUUCAAUUCUUUUCGAUGUUUUUCUAUAGAUACUUUAAGUCAUUCAACUUCACGAGAAUUAUUCGCUAGAGAACACGAAGCUGUUUCAUAUUGGCUUGAUUUACAAAAUGAUGUGUCAAUUUAUAAAAAGUUACCAAUUAAAAACACUAAAUCAUUAAAAACAAGACGUCUAGCUCCAUUUGAAAUAGCAAAAAAUAGUCAAGUAUGCUCAAAGAAAUUUCAAAAUUGGAUUUUAAAUUAUCAAAAAUGGCAUGAAAAGAUUAGUCUGGCUAUUAGUAAUCGAUCGAUGAUAUUUAAAGAACAAUUUCAACGUAUAAUUGAACUUAAUGUUCGUUUUUUAAUCUAUGAAAAGAGUGGAUCAGGUAUUGCUGAUCGAGUGAUUCAUUUUAUUUCAAGUUACUUCGUAGCUUUACUAACAAAUCGAUUAUUUAUAUUUGAUACCAACUGGCCAGAAUUUAUUGAUACGAUGCAAUCAAGUUUAAAUUAUGAACCAGAAUUUGUUAUUCCUUGGCUGUCUCAAUUUAAUUUAACUAAAAAAAAAUUAUCUUUAGAUAUUCAAAAUAAUUUAACAGUAGGAGUUUAUUGGUUUUCUUUUGAUCGAUACACUAAAGAUUAUGAUUAUGAAAAACAUUGUCGUGAACGUAUUCUUAUAUUUAAAGGUCAUACAGGAGGUGUUGUACAUACAAUUAAAUCAAAUUCAAGUAUUUAUAGAAAAUUUUUAACUAUUGAUCUUGAAAUGAAUCCAGAAAAUAUGUUUGGAUGUCUUUAUCAUUCUCUUUUUACUUACCGUUUGUUUGCAUUGAUGAAAAGAGUUCCAUUAAUUUCAUCAAAUAACCAAUUAGGUCAUUCAUCUCAACAAAUUUUACAAACACUUUUAUCACCGUAUUUUUUUCCAAUUGGAAUUCAAAUUCCUGAUGAUGUUCGAAUACGUCAAGCUGCUUUAAAACGUUGGAAAUUUCCAUUAGAAUGUUUUCAAUCAUUUGAAAAUAAAUGUCAAUUGAAUAAUAGUGGCUUGAAUAUUCUAUCAAAUUCCAAUCCAGUUUUUCAUGUACAAUAUGCAAAUGAUCGAAUAUUAGCCUUUGAAUUAGGAAUAUUUGAUAAUUUUCUUUUUAGUUUAUGUGAACAGCAUAUAAUUAGUAGAAACAGUGGAUUUGGUCGGUUUCCAGCUUUUGCAUCUGUAAAAUUAUGA